AUGACAGACAUUGAGAACCUAAGGACGGCCUCGCUGUACAUCAACAACCAGCUGCUUUCACGCGGCUUGUUACGCGAUGGCCAGACCAUUGACUUUGCGGACCCGGCGGGACGAAACCGCAAGAGCAAGGAGAAGGCCGGUGGUGCGACAGACGGCAACACCGACGAAAAAGCCGGCGACAACACGGCUGACACCAUGUCGCGCGUCAUCAGCGUCGUCAACGACCUGAUCCUGCGGCGAGACCGUGACGCCGAACACCGCGAAUCCCUCUCCACAGCCCUCCGCACCGUCCGUGCCGAAUCGCUCCGUCAAAGCAACGACCUCCAGCGCGCCAUCGAGCGACACGCUGAAGCGCAGCGCCGCGCCGACUUGGGCGAGGCGGCCGAGGCGAGCCUGCGGGCCCAGCUGGUGGCGGCGGAUGCGGCGAACCGGAAACUGCGCGAAGAGGCCGCACGGAUGCGGCAGCAGGUGGCACAGACGCGCGCGUCAUGCGCCAACGAGGUGCGCAAGCGCGACCGGCAGAUUGACGGCCUGAAAAAGGCCGUGUCGGACGCCGGGCGUGCCCGCGGCGAGCGGCGGAGUCCUGCGAUUACCACGAUCACCAUCUCGGGCGGCGACUCUUCUUCCUCGACAGUCCAUCAUCCGCAGCACACGCCUCGAUCGGCCCUGGGCUCGCUCCAAUCCACACCGACGGCCCGCAGCAGCGCGACGAACGCGGCUGCCGACGCGACCACCACCUCGGAAUACGACCUGCGCAGCGAGACCAAUGCCUUCCUGGCUGACCUGGCCCGCGGUCUCAGCGACGACAACGAGAUGCUGCUGGACUUGGUGCGCCACACAAGCCGACGCCUCCAGGCCAUGAGUGGUUACGUCCCGCCCGGGGAGGAGGACGCAAGGGGAGCCCCGGGUGAAGGUGCGACAGCCACGAGCAUGGUGGACUGCGCCGCGCUGGCAGCAGAGAUGGAGGCCGUGCUCGAGCACCUGCGAACGAUCCUGACAAACCCGUCGUUUGUGCCGAUCGAGGAGGUGGUCCAGCGCGAGUCGGAGAUUGGCCGCCUGCGCGACGGCUGGGAGAAGAUGGAGGGCCGGUGGAAGGAGGCGGUGCAUCUGCUGGAUGGCUGGCGGAAACGCAUGGCUACGAGCGGGCGGUCAGUCAACAUGGAAGAGAUCAAGAUGGGCCUGCGGCUUAGCCCGGUGCGCGUGCGUAACGUUGCCGAAACAUCGCUUGGUCUCGACUUGCGCAUGCCGCCCUUGCAGCUAGGGCUGAACGCCGUGGACGAAGAGGCGGAAGAUGGCGAAGAGACAGGGGGCUACCAAGGCGGCGAAGACGGUCAAGGCGACGACGACGAUGAUAAGAAUGUGGGUGUACGGAACUGGCCGCCAUUGGGCCGCACGCCCAGCCCGGCUGAGACGCUACACUUGGUACCUGCCCCUGACUAUGCCCCUGGUCAUGAAGGUCUGAGCGACAGCGAGUCGGAUACCAGCAGCACCUUUGCAGACGAUGUCGACGACGACGAGGGCGAUUUCGACGACGACGGGCCGAACGUGCAGAUUAUCGAGCAGUCCAUCAUGGUCCCAUCGCUCGAGGACGUGUCGUCAGCACCGGUCGAGUUCUCGCGGUCAACGCCCUCACCAACGCCGCCGCCACCUGAGAAGCCAGUUCUGUCAAAGGUCACGGCAGCGGCCAUCAAGGAGAAGGAGGCAGAAAGAAAGCCGGCUAAGCCAAAGGCCGCUCAGGCAAAGGGGAACCAGCCUGGCCUGCGGCCAUCACACUCGGCCGGUAACCGUCAGGGUACAAAGGCGUCGUCCUCGUCGGAUACUACGAAACAGACCGCGAAGGCGACAACAGGAGCAGCACCAAACACUACCACCACCACGACUGCAGCCGUAACCCGCGGCAGACAGCGACCAGGCGAGGUAGAAGACACGGCUAAAGAACGCAGACAAGUGCGUAUUGCAGCAGCUCCAGCUACAGCUGCCGCGGCCGCUGCCGCGGUAGCAGAAAAGCCAACCGCCAGGCCUGCAGCUCCUCGGGUUGUAGCCUCCGCGACGACAACGAUAACAGGUCUCAGCAGAGCCAACUCGGCGAGAGCAACCGGUGGCCGUCCCCUGCCGGCAAGACAGGCUGGCAAACCAGUAACGACGACAACGGCAGCAGCUUCUCAGCCAGUGUCUACGCUGGUGCAGGAGAAGCAGCGUCCGGCUUCGGCAGCUUCGCAUGCUUCGGAGGCAUCGGCCGCAUCCACAGCCGCGUCGGAAGACAGCGUGGCACUUGUCCCCGCGACCGGCUCUGUCACAACGGCCGCAGCAGCCCCAACAACACGACCAGUGUCGUCUCUCGCGUCUCGCAAGCUGACAACAGCCGCGUCUGCUCCAACGGCGCCAACAACAGCUCGGCCACGACGGGACCGUGUGCAGAACAGGAAUGCUAGCGAUGAACAGACAGCUGCCGCGCCCACGACCACGGCCUCCUCCUCUUCCUCCUCCUCCGCGAAUUCUUCGGGACAGAUGCCGCCACCAUCUGUGCCGUUAACGACCAUUGCCACUGCGGCCAACCGCGCGCGCAGCCGGUCACCGAUCAAAACGGCCGCUGCCGGUGCGUCCGGUGGCUCGGGUGGUGCGGGCACCACGGCAGGACCAGGGGCUGUUGUCAGUGUCACGUCCCGCCUACCGCUCCCAACAAGCGCAAAUGCAAAUGCACCACCCCCGGCCAGCCCGGCCCUCAACAUGGCCACGAUUGCGGCCAAGCUGGCGGCAUCGGAACGCGAAGCGGACGCAGCGCGCGUUCGCGCCAAGCUCAAGGCGGCGCGCAGCGGUUUGGCCGGUGCCAAGGCCAAGGCCGUGCCGGCCGUCGAAGCUGCUCCGGCUGCCGCCUCGGCUGCGGCAGAGACAGAAGCCCAUGAUGUUGACCCGGUGAAGAAGACAGCUGCAGCAGAUGAAGCGGCCGAGGCACCCCUGUCAACAUCAGUAAACUCCAUCAACGGCGAGCCGGCCCAACAGCCCCUCCGCAAGAAGCGCGACCCCAAAGACAAGGACCAGCGGCGAGCUAGCAAGGCGGCUUCGCGGCGGCGCAGCACUCUGAACCCGUGGGAGCUCAAGAGCCUGAUGGCAGGCAGCGUCCAAGGUGCAGCACCGGCACCGGCGACAGCGACAGAGACCGCAGAGACGGUUGCUGUGGAGGCUUUAUCGUGA